AAUGAGUUUGUGAGUGCUGUAGCCUGGAGACCUGGAUCUAAUGUGAUAGUAGCGGCAAAUAGUCAAGGAACAGUCAAGGUGCUGGAGUUGAUAUAGAUGAGAUGUGUCAAGAUGUGUGGUUUGUUUUUCUCAGAUGAAUGCUUCGGACUGUCAAAAUGGCAUCAACUUUGUGAUAAACAGCAAUACUGGCAAUGCAAACAUUCAUUUUCAUAAAUAUGAUGUUAUCCAAAUUGUUUGAGCACAAUAUCAUAAGCAAUCGUAAUGUGUAGUACUAAAUAUUGGGAUAUAGAAUGUAAUGUUCUUAUUUUUUUCUGAGAGUAGAAGGAACUUUUUCUAUUUUUUCACACCUCGGCAAUCUUAUUUCUUUAAAUGAUGUGGAUUUUGUGCCCCCAGACACCCACAGUUGUUAGUGUUCAGAUAGCAGGGUGUGUGGUCCCUCAGUUAGCCAUACUCAAUGACAAAUGAAAUUAACUUUAUAUGACCAAGCUUGAGCAGAUGUAAACAAAUAGUGCUGAAACCCCCUAAACUCACAUUCAAUUCAUUAUUCUGUAUUUGUUUUUCUAGGUUUGUAGACAUAAGAUUUGUUAAUUACUUGUUAAAACAGAUUUUAUGUGCAUAAAAUUAAAGUCAAAGUAAGAAAAGCUCAUGAGGAGUACACCAACAAAACCAUUUGAGCACUGAAGUGAAAUGUUUUUCUUUUUUAUUUGUUAUCUUUUUCCUUAUACUGAGAUGAUAAGUAUUAAAAUAUUGUUUAUUAUAUCAUAAUUGUUCAAUAUCUAACGGAUCAUACAGUUGCUCAUUAUAUCGUCCAACCAUCUGUACAAUUUAGACUGAUAGAACAUUUUUCAUUUGUCCGAUUUUCAGGAGUUGGAAUGUCUACCUCUUUUUUGUUUUUGUUUGAUUUUUCCUUGAAUAUUCUUGAAUCAAUUUUUAGCAAUGUUACUAACCUUUGUACAUUAUUUGUUAAUAUCCUUAAUAUAUAUACUAUUUACAGAUGUUUCUCAAGAAAUUUUUAUUUGUGCUGUCUAACAGCAAGCAAGAUUACAGCAAUGAUGAAGCUUAAUGUAGUGGUAGAUGUGAUUGAUUGGGUUAAUAAUUCAGUGGCAGUCAAUAUUAAUGCUGAUUGAUUUAUUUAUUACCAGAUAUUGAUUAAUGUCUGUUGUCCCGUGGUUGUAACCUUAUUACCUCUGUUUUCUCCGUGAUAGCCCAGAUCAAGCUUUGUGUGAGGGUUUUUAUAUGUAAGAGUUUGCUUCCUUCAUUUAUAGACCAGCUGUCCCCUAGACAUCUAUUUAAUAUUUUAAAAGUCAAGUUAUAGUUCAGGAUGAGGAAAGCAGAAUAUUGUGUGUUAUCAUUUUAACAUAAAAGUCAAUAUUUUAAGAGAAUAGUAUGAACAAAGUCCACCAGUUUCUUUGCAUCAAUUUUAUUAAAUAAGUAUUCCUUGAAUUCUUGUUUUCUUGAGGGGGGUGGAGACUUCAGAAAUACUUUUCUGGUUCUGAAGCUUUAUAUUGUAAUUUUAAAAAGCUGUAUGUUUAUUACGUUUAAUUGUUAAUCUGCAGGUAUAUGGUAUGUUUUACAUGUAUUCAGUAUGUAUGGUUGUGUCUUUAUAUAUAGUCAGAACUGUAUUGCACAAAGUCUUUUCUUAAGAAGGUAGUCAAUUUAUACAUAUUUAGUAGAUCAAGUAUUUUUCCUUUGUGCCAGUUCACUUUAAGAUUAGAAACUUGAGAUUUUUAAAAUUUCUCUCUUUUUUCCAUCAAUAAUGUGUCAUCUGUACUGUAGAUCACUACAUGUAUUUGACACAUUAUUUUCGCAAGACAGCAAGCUGGUAUUUAUAAGGGAGACAAAAUUUUCACGAGCUGUUGUGAUUAUUGUAUAUAAUACUUAGCAAUACAAUUAUAUGCGAGAAUAAAACUUUCACAAGCAGUCUUGUGUAAUUAUGCGAAAAUAAAGUUCUCACAAAUAAAAAGUAAUUUACAGUACUUAAGGAAAUGUUAAAUUUUGAAAAAGUGGCUAACUUUUGAUAUAUUGAUGAUGGUUAUGCUUUACUGUAGAAUAGAGUUACAUUGUAGGCUUAUAUUUCAUGGCUUUUAAACUAUUUUGAGAAUUUUCCUGUCUCAGAAACCUAUUUGCCAUUGCACUGCAACUGAAAACUGCUGUCCAGGGCACAUUAGUUGCUAAAAUUGAAAACCUUUUGAAAAGAUGGGGGGAGGUGUGGGGGAAUAGUUUCACAUUAUAAUUUGGAAAUUUAUCCUGUACUAGUGUGCUAAUUGACUUUUUUCAGCAUAAAUGUAAUUUAUUCUUCACAGGUUUUGCUAUAGUGGUUUAAUAGUGUAAGCAAGCAAUUUUCAGGAUUUUUAUCUAUUUCUUUAUUAAGUUGAGGUGGUUUUUGAGGGGAGAGGAAGGGGGCAGUCUUCAGAAUUUCUGAGUAUUGAAUAGGGUUAAUGUUGCAAAUAAACACUUGUUUUAUAUUUAGCUUUCAAUUUAUUUGUUCCCUUAGUUACACCUAGUGAGAUAGCAAUGUUGUGACUGAUUACAGCUGUGUUCAGAAUUACGGAAUAACUACCUUCAUUUCCUGAGGACCAUUCUGAACUAGCAGCUAGCUUGUCAACAUGCUGACCCUUUAAGUUCCAUUAUUAUUCCAGUCAACUGGACAAGAAAUCAACAAGCUGACCUUUUAACCUGUAUAAAGUGCUAAAAAUACCGGGACAGUUAAAACCCUGUGAAGCGAGUCUAUUGAUCAGCUGUUUGUACCGCUGACUACAGUGGAUAUUUCUCGCAAUAUGUGAGUGGAUAUAGCUAAUAUUAACAUUGUCACUUAGAGGUGCACACUUUCUAACACUGUGUGAAGGAAUUACAUGGGCAGUGUGCAGAGCUAGAUCUUCUCCCUGGAGCGGGGUGAUAUACCGUGGAGUCCGGAUUUUACUGCCGAGGCAAGAGCAUCAUGUGACCCUCGGAGUCUGACACUAUGGCAGGAUGGCACAGUCUCUCGGGGUAUCUCUACUUCAGAACGGGCGGAGGAAUCAGCCUUCUGAAGACGAGGAAGCGGAUGUGGUGUGUUCUGGAGGAACGACAGAGUCAGCUGGUGUACUACAAGAAUGAGGAGGAUGUACGUACUGGGAAGUCCCCCCAGGGGAGCCUCAGUCUUAUAGGGGCCGCCAUCUCACUGGACCUGGAUAACAACAAUCAGUUCAUUAUACUAUCUAACAACAAGGAACACAUGUUUACAGCAGAAAACCAUGAGUCUAUGAUGAUAUGGCUGCUGGGUUUACAGGCCAGAAGAGAUCUAACAGGAGGCAAUGGAGCAGAUGGUUUAGAGGAAUGUUUCCCCAAAGUAAGACACAAUGUUUGUGAUGGAUCAGAUGGGAGUGGAACCUCAGCAUUAAACAAGACAGCAGCCUCAUUGUCUAGACGGAAGCAACACUGGCACAGCACGGCUCGCGCUACGGAGUCCCUAGACUCAGGGGCCACUCACUACAGAUCUAAAGGAGAACCAGAUAGUCUGGAAAGAUCUCGGUCCCUUCCUCCUGUGUUUGAAGCUGUGGAGUGUCCGUCGCUGGCAACCAAUCACACAACUCGAUCCCACAUGAGUAAGAGUUUUGAGGGGCGCCUUUCUAAGGACUCAGGACUGGGUAUGUCCUGUCAGAGCUGGAAGUUCUCGACGCUGAGUCUGGACAACCAACACAAGGCCCUGAGGGAGCUGUGUCGCGAGGAGUCGAUCAGCAGUGACGACGAGGUUUUCAAAGAAUUGACGGAGGUCAAUGGCUUCCCCGAAUCUGUCAACAACAGUAACAUUAUAAACUCACGAGUGGAGGAAGAGGGCUUGAAAUCAGAAACAAGGGAGCAGAGAGAGUACGUCAAUGGAGAGCAAAGAGAGUACGUCAACGGAGAGCAAAACGAGUCGAAGGAGGUCGGAAGCUGCAGUUCUCUGUCUUAUGUAUCGAGUGAUUCGGCCAUCGAUCGCGGAGAGGCAUCAUCCUCGGAACUCGCCAGUCGCCUCAUCGACCUAGAAAAAGAACUCAUAUCCACGAAAUGUGAGCUGGCCCAGGUGAUGAACAGACAGGCUGGCUUACAGGAACUUCUGGCUCAAAGGGACGAGGCCAUCCGAUUCCUAGAGGGCAGGCUGGAUACCUCCAACACACUGGACAAAAGUCUGACAGGAAAAACUAGCAAACAACCACCAGUGAAAAGUGAGAAGGAACUACAAGAGAGACUUAGAAUUCUACAAAAUCAGAACAGGUUCCUAAAUGAAGAGGUGAAAAAGUUAGCCAAGCUCAGACAGACAGACAGGUCAACCUUCUACCAACAAGAGGAUAAAGUGCGGGCUCUGGAGGCUGAGAUAGAGAAAUGGCACCUAGAUUAUGUGUCCCUGAUUCAGUCCAGUAUCAGGUUCUCCGGCUGUGAUACAAUGGAUGAUGCAGAGUUAGUCUUGUUUGGGGGAGACAGGCAUAAAAGAAAAAUUCAGAAGUUGUUAGAAGAAGCCAGAAGUGUGAACCCAAGUCUUCCUACUUAUGAAAGUCUUGCCAGUGGUGAGGUACAUGUGGAUAGCUAUGGAUUCAAGCACGUGUUUGAGGACACCUCUAACGGACUACUACUCCACUAUCUGUGUCAGGAGCUGACCUUACACUAUCUAAUGCAGGCCGGCUCAUACGAGGAGCACCAGAAAAAAUGGACUCACUUCAUGAGACUGCAUGGGAAAUCUAUGGCUAGUCAUUUGAAGGACAUGAAGAGUCUGUGCCGCGGUGGUAUCCCUGACCGAUUUAGAACUCAGGUGUGGAGACAGCUGGUUUAUUGGCAGGUACGCGAGGUGAUGAGUGCCAAGGGACAGCACUACUACAGGAACCUGUGUAACAUGCUGCCAGACUCUCCGUUGGCUGCUCGGUACAGGAAGCAGAUUUCUCUGGACUUAAUGAGGACCAUGCCCAGUAACAUGAAGUUUUCUUCUCAAGGCUGUAAAGGGGUUAUGGACCUACAAGAUGUACUAUUAGCUUACUGUGUUCACAACCCAACCAUUGGCUACUGCCAGGGCAUGAACUUCAUUGUGGGACUAGCUCUCAUUUUUAUGGAGGCCCAAGAUGCAUUUUGGACCGUGGUAGCGGUGACAGAGAAAUACUUUCCCUGUCAUUAUUUUGACCAGAAUCUGAUCGGAGCUCAGUCAGACCAACAAGUUCUCAAGGACCUCCUGGCUGAGAAGUUACCGAAAUUAAGUCGUCAUCUCGAGUCUAUCGAUAUAGAAAUCUCCACGGUCACACUCAACUGGUUCCUAGCCAUUUUCUUUGAUGCCGUUCCUUUUCAGACCCUCCUUCGAAUCUGGGACUGUUUUUUACUUGAGGGCCCCAAGGUUUUGUUUCGCUUUGCUCUGGCAAUCCUUAAACUGCACGAGAAGGAGAUCCUGCAGAAGACAGACACCAUCAGCAUCAUGAGGCACCUUAAAGCCGCAGCCAAGCUUACCUUUGAUGCAGAUGGCCUCAUCAAGGUUGCUUUUGAUGGUCUGAAACCUUUUCCAAGAAGGAAGGACAUCUCCACAAAACAAGCAUGCUACCUGAACACUCUCAAAGAACAGAACAAGAGAAAGGAGUUACAGAGACUGGCAUAUGCUGAGAGAGAGCACAUGUACAUGAGUAUGGAGUCUGAGAGUGGGAACUAUCAAAAUCUUGGUGCUGCUGUUGUCGUAGAAGAUGGAAAAGUAUGGCUGACUUACGGGGAGCAGAACUCUGCCAGGAUAUGUAAGGUCACGUGUGAGGAAGGAGUCAUGUACGACCUUGGAAUGAAUUUUGAUUCGCGUGUGAUGUGUAUGGAGAAUGCCUCAGACAGUGUUGUAUUGAUGGGAACUCUGUCUUGGAUGUUGUAUGCCUAUGACUCAAAGACAAGAGAGAGAUUGUGGGAGUUACUUCUACAUGAUGCUGUUCUCUCCUUGUGCUGUUUUGAAGAUGAUGACUCCAUGCUUGUGAGAACGUUCGCUGGCCUGGCUGACGGCACACUGGCAGUCACUGAGCAACAAGACAUAAGGAAGGUGUUCCCUAGCAAUGAUGUGCUGUACAUACCAAUUGGUCAGGCCCCUAUCUCCUGUCUUCUGCUGCUGGAUGAUUUCUUGUGGUGUGCCAGUGGUAACAGUGUCAAUGUCAUUCAGGCCAGGACCCUGGAUCCCAUAGACAACUUCCAUGUGUCUGUGAACCCAUAUGACCACAUCCUGUCUAUGGUGCCGGGGGACUACGGAAUCUGGGUCACACUGAGAGGGUCCUCAAUCCUGGAACUGUGGGAUCCCAAAAACCUCAACUGCAAGUUACUGUACGAUACCAGGACAGACAGAUACCCACAGCUUAGAAAGGAGGAUGACACAUAUUUCAACCGAGCAAGAAUUACGGCCAUUAUGGACCUUGGGACGACUGUCUGGGUAGGAACUGGGGAGGGCAAUCUCAUCAUCUACGAAAUUCUGGAGCAUCUGAAUCUGAAAACUCCAACUGAUGCCUCUCCUACAACAGAAACAAGUCAGAAAAUGAUUUCUUCUGGAACUGCUACCCCAAUCUCCAAAGCAAAGUCUGUCAUUAAGAGUAAGAGCUCGCCUGUUCUCUGCAGCAAGCAAAUCAGGAAGAGGUCCCCUAAACCAAAACUGCUUAAAGAGGAACAUCAGCCUGUGUUGCCAGUAAAAUCAGACUUACUGAGUAAGAUUCUGAACAGUUCUGAAGCAGAAUCCACUGGAAGCCUGACCCCUAAAAACUCUUCUCCUAGACAUCCACCACUGUGUGGCAAAAAACUCACAGACCAAAAAGUACUUAUGAAUGGAUGGAAAGAAACGGAGGUGAAUUGUGUGGACUUCCAAAUGAAAGACACGUUGACUGGGAGGACAGAAUCAGAGAGUGAUGGGAGCAGUAGUACUUAUCACUCAGACAGGGAAGAAGAGUUGGGGGAACCUCUACAUGAUGUUCAUCAGAGUAAGGUUCCCUGUACGAUGGACGUCAGGGAGAGGAGAGAGAGUGUGGACUUCUCACCAAAACAGACUAAGGCCGUCAGACCAACCAACCUCCUACCUACCAAACAGUGGUCCUCAAGGCAUAAAGACAUUGCUAGUCAGGAGAAUCUGGACUGUCUGUUUAAACAACUAAUUGAUGUGAAAAGAAGGAGCUCUCUGGACAUUGCUAUGAAGAAUCAUGUGAAGAAGACAAAAUCUUGUGAAUGCUUAACUUUUGACAAUUCCUAUUGUAAUGGAUUGGACACCAAGUCAGUAGACUCUGAUCAGAAGGAGGACUGUGGUUUUCUCAUUGAUUGUUCAGUCAGUAAGACAGGUCAGAGUCCAAUCACAGGCGAGGAUUACCAGAAAGAGGCUCUACAGGAGACCAUAUCAUGUGACACCAAGGUCAUGUCUCGCCAUCAUAAGGUCAACUCCUGGCUGAGUUCUUUACAUGAUUCACAGUGUGAUUCUGACAAUGAAGAGAUGAAGGAGGGUGAGUUUCAUUCUAAUAUAGAGGAGAAUCUUUGCAGUGGAUCAAAGAGCACUACUGAAGGCAGUCCUGAUCAGUUAAAAACUUCUGAAGAGGCUUUAUGUAAUGGUGUAGACAGUGUGUUAGAGACACAAAAGAGUGAAAAUACUAGCAAUACAAGUACCAGCAUAAGCCAUUCAGAUGUCGACAAAGAGAGGCGAAGUAGUUGUGUGUCUGAAAUAAUGUCCAAAGUGUUGAGGCCCAGGAAAUCUGAGGAUAGAACUCUUGACACAAGUAGUGAGAGUGACCGACCAACACAGAUGUCUAAAUCUAAUGCAGAGGAGGCCAAGUAUUACUUAGAAUUCAGUGAGAUGCAGGUGUUGACUGAUGUGGAAGGAGAACUGAGUCGACGGUCGAGUCAGGUCCGCAGGAGAAGCAGUGAACUAUCUAGUGACAUGGAGACCAGAUUGAUUACCCAGAUGUCCAAGCUCGAGAACUGGUCCCUCAAUAACAGUAAGUCUAGUGUCUCCUCCAGCCCCCGGAUCCUGGAGUUGAUGCAGACUCCCAGCUUGGCUAGCAGGCACCAGUCCGUGGGUCGAGUCUCCAGAGAGCUUGUCCCCGGGGACCUCAGUACCAGCAGUCCCCGCAGCUCCAUGGAUCAGAGGGUGGCAGACUUCCUGAGGACCCCCAGCAUCAGCAGUAGACCCAGCUCUGUGUGGUCCAGUUAUGAGAACAUCUCCACCCCCUCAGUGAAGGAGCAGGACUUCAUUGGUCAACAGUUUGCCAACAUAAGCAGCUAUCUGACACACACUGACAGCUCUAAUUCACUCAGCAGCCUGGCUGAGGCUCUCUGUGUGGUGGAACUCUCCAUGGAGGUCAAGGUCAAAAUAGCCGACAAACCGGUCAGAGGAUUUCUGAAAACAAGAAACUGUGGUGAGCCAUCGAUACUGAGUUUUACUGGUUGUUAUGGAGACGAUGAAUCUGUCUUGAAGUGGAGAAGAGAACCAAAUGAGAAAUUCUGGACCAAUGAACCAGUGUUAGAGAUCUGUCCUAAGACCAAGUUGACGCGGUUGCCAAGCUACAUGAGGGGACGGCUAUCCAGCGUCUCUUCUCAGGCCAGCACCAAGAGUUUUCACAGCGUGUCCUCACAACUCAAGUGAGACAGACCAAUAGUUUCGAGAUCUUGCUUCUACAAGAUGCAUUGCCUCAACACCCCAGUAACUGCCCAGUCAUCACUAUUUUGCCAUUACCUUGGAUUUUCAACACAUAAUUUUCGAUUUGCAUUUCGUUCAUUAAAUCACUGUUAAGAGAGGAAUUAAUCUUGUGCUAAAAUCAAUAUCGUCCUUGUCAAUGUUGAUAUAGAAAUCUGAUUUUUUUAGCUAUAUCAAUGAAGUUGAGGAAGCUUAUAUAAUACCUUCAGUGUUGUUGUUGAGGUCCCAGGUUAAAGUUUAUAAAGCAGAUUUAUUUUUCCAAGUACCGCAAUGCCCUAUAUUGAUUAGAUGAUACUUGCGGUUGGUUUCAUGGUUUGACAUGUUAAUAUUAUUACAGUCAAGAAAUCCUCAAUGAAUUCUUCAUUCAACAUCUUUGACCAGAGAAGCUUAUACACACAUCUCUUCAGAAGAUCACCUAUGGCAAUAUAUUACCAGAAUGCUGAACUCAGAUAUAUAUCACAUACAUGAGCAAUUACAAUUCUUACAUAUUUUUAUUCAUGUUCAAAUUUCCGUAACAAUAUUGAUAUUCUAGAUGCAUUCAAUGAAGUCAAUUUUGAAUCUUCUUUUAAGAGUGAUUUUUAAGAACUGUAAAUUCAGAAGACUAUAUAUUUGUUGUCUUACUAGUAUAACAGGUGCCAUAUGUAUACGAUUAUAAAGGACAGAUGAUACAAAUUUCUAUCUAUGAGCCUGAAAAUAACAACCUAUUAAAGAUAUAUUUAUACGCGAAAAAUGAAUAAGUUUAACUGCACACAUUUUAAUUUUUUGUUCUUAGUUUCACAGUAAUGGGAUGAAAAGUGACAAAAUUGUAUAGGUUGAUAAGAAUGGUUGCAGAAACUUUGAAUUUUGAACAUCUGAGAAAAUUUACUAUUUCUAAACAUUUAUGAAAUUAAUUAGUCACAUCAUUUAUAACCAAACAGGUCAAUAAUAUAUCCCAAUCCAGGUAUCCAUAUUUUUGUUUGUAUCAUCUGUCCUUAUGUAGCUAUGAGUUUGAAAACUUUUUUUUUCUUUUGUGGUUGCUUCUGAAUUUACAGUGAUUGAAGGUGCAAGGCUUUGACAAUAGAAUUAUACUUAUUGGAUAUCAUAAUGGUAUUGCAAUAUACAUGAAAUAGGUGUUUAAUGUAUAUUGCAUGCUAAACUAACAUGUCCAAUAUGGUGUUUACUAGAUGAGGGACUUGUAUAUUAACAGGUCACUGGCUAUGUUUUUUAAGCCAGUAAUCAUUUAUAUCUUACUUGUUGACCAAUUACAGCUAACGAGUUACAUUUGUAAACUUGAAAUUUACAUCUUUGCUUCCCCAUACAAAUAGUGCAAUAGACAAUAUAUUUUAGUGCAAUUUUCGUAAAGGAGCAUAUUUACAGAGACAUGUUUAUUAUAUAUGAAAGAGUGAAAUGGACUUCAAAAACUUAAUUUCAUGUUUCUGUUUCAAAGUGCUUGUUGUUACAUCAGAAACGGUUUUUGGUUUGUUUUUGUUUUUUUGGUUUUUUUUUAUCAGUAAGUCUUAUGAUGCAAAGAGCUGUGUUUGCUCUUUAUGUAUUAUUGAACAUGUAACUUAUUAUUUUUUAUUCUUGAUAUAAUGAAUGGGUAAUGCAGCUUUUGGGAACCACUUUUAACAGAACCCUAAAUUGCUGCAAGUACUCAUAACUAAAUGUUCAUUAUGUAAAUAAAUUGAGAUUGUUAAUUUUGUUUUUGAACACUGUGCUAGUUUUUGCCUUUGGUGUUCAUUGUUAGAUUCUUCAUUUGAUCUCUUGUACAAUGAGUAGUGGCAUUAUAUUAUUGUAAAUAUUGUAGUCAUGGUGAUGGUCUUGACCCAGUUGUGAAGUGUGUGUAAUGCUGUUCUUUUUCCUUCACAUCUGCUCAGUGACUCAAAAAAUGGAUAAAUAGAUUAAAUACAUGUUAAAGGUGUUUUAACAAUUCAGUAUAAUGCAGUGUCCUUAAAUUUGUGAUAAAUGAUCAAAUGAGCUUUCCACACAAUUGUUACGAAACAUUCAGUUUGUUGAUUGUUAUAUAUUAAAGAUGUUGAUACCUUUG